AUGAGUUUGGCGGAGGGCGCAAAGAACCGGAGAGCGGCUCAGUUGCUCCACCCUCCGCGCCUCUUUCUGCCCUUUACUCGUCUUCUUCAUUUCCAAUCUGUCGCCAACAGUACUGUCGCCAGCCUUUUUUGUUUCAUGAGAGGUCUUUUCUGGGCCUCGCUGGCAGUCGUGGCGUCGCUUUCGAGUGCUUCUCAGAACUGUGAAUCCGACCUUCAGGUCCACCAGCCGCGAUCUACUGUACAUUUGGGUGAGUUUUAUUCCUAUUGAGAAAAGAUAGUUCUAAAAAGUAGAAAUUUUUUCGAUUUAUCUCUUUUUCUAAUUUGUCGGUUCGAUGAGCUUCUAAGCUUCCGUUUGAUAUAAGAUUUUCAAUUAAAAAAAUCGGGAAAAAAGAUUAUAGUAAACAGAUAUUGAUUUUCGAUUAGUGUAAAAAUUUCAAAAAAUUUCCAAGUUUAGCUGUUUGUGAAUAUAUUAUAGAAUCCACAUCAUCUUUCUAUUUUUUUCCUUUCAAGAAUAAAAUGUCAUUUUUUGGUUCAAAUAAUUGAAAACCAUUUGCUAUUCAAGUUGGGUAGGGUAAAGUUUUUUUCUUCUUCUCAGCUCAUGGCACUUUGAUUAAUUAGUGCGAUGGAAAGGUAAAUGGAUAGGUGCCAAAGAUUCAGCGUUCGGGGCGGCAUUGUCCUUUUGUGGCGCACCGGUAUUGUGCAUGAAAAACCCGGUGGGAAAGUUGACCAGGCAAAAAAAAAUUCUUCAGACGAGGGAACUUGUGGCGAUUCCACACUUUGUUGCUCUCAAGAACAACAACUGAGAUACACCGCUCUCACUGUCGACGCCUACAUCCAAGACGUCCAAGACAAGAUUAUAUCUACCAGACAUUUAUUCCAAUCCUUUUUCAUAGAUUUUCGAGGUUUUUUAAACUUUUUUCUCACUUAUCUUCUUGUUCUAGAAUUCUUCCACAAAACUUUAACUUCAACUUACGAUGAAUUGGAUUCUCUUUAUGUCGAAACGUACGGUCCUUUCUACUCGGAAAAUGCUAAGGUAACUUAUUUUUAUAGCAUAUUUGAAACAAAAUUCCCUGUUUUAGGUUUUGCACACUUAUUUCAGUCAUCUGAAAUCUUUCUCUUCGUCAUAUUCGGAAGCCAGCAUCCGUCGAGUUACAGAUAUCUUUUUUGAUGGACUUUUCCGUGUCAUGUUCAAAUUAUCGAAUCCUUUGGUGAGUUGUGAUUUUUCAAUUUAACAAUAGUGUGAUUGAACACUUUUCAGCAAAAAACAACAGAAGGACAGUGGAAAUGCAUGAUGAGCUAUGUAAAAACGAACAAAGUUUUCGGUGAAAUGCCAGAAAGAAUUUCAAAUCUUCUGACGCCCACCUUCACUAACUGGAGAAGUUUCAUCUCAGCCAUCGAGACUACACACGACAUUUUGGACGGCUACCUCAACGUUCGUUCCUCCGGCCUCGAUUUGACUAUGCCAUUUAUGUUUUGUUUUGACUCACAUAGAGAACCGCGCACCUGAUAGGUCGCUGCGUCGUCCUCAAAAACCAAACUUUUCUUCUUGCGAGAUUAACAUCACGUCAUUUCCGUCUUUUGUGUUUCUCAGUUGAUAAAGAAUACCUGAGCUUUUGCGAAGAGGAUCUCCGAAGAUUAGUUUUCAGGUCACCCUUCAAAAUGAGUGUGUUCGAGGGCUCGCGCGACUUGAAAUGUGCGGCGUUUGCAACUCCGUGAAAGAACGUCCUUGUAAAAGCUUCUGUGAGAACAUCAUUAGCGGCUGUGCUUAUCCAUUUGUAAGUAGUGAGCAAAUUUGGACCACCGUUGUAGGUUAGUUUCGUUAUUUCUCUAACAAAAGAAAUUAGCUUUUUGCAGAAAAUAUCACAAAACUAGCAAAACUUCUCAGAGAUCGUCAAAGUAUCGUCAAUGCGCUAAGACCUUUACCGGUUCUCAUCAGUGAAGCUAUUAUGGACUUUCAAGAAAAAAGAGACAUGAUCACGAGCAAGGUAAUACAGCCUCAAUGAUUUCUGAUCGAACGAACAUUUACAUAAUUUGUUGGUUUUAAUCGAUUUUUGUGAGUUUUAGAUGGUCGCUCGAUGCGUCCUCACCGAUCAAUUCUUGAGAUCCAAGAGAUCUGAGAUCGACCACUCUUAUCGACUUAGAAAAGCUAACGCGAGGAAAGCCCGAGAACUGGAAGAACUCAAUCAGAAAAUGACAUACUUCAUUCAGAAGGUUCGCUCUUAUAAAUCAUUUGGACAGAGGGGGAUUUUCUAAAAACCCCUCUAAAUAAUUAAUAGUUAAUCAUAAAAAUUAAAAAUAGUUUAUUUGUGUUCGGAAACUCGAUCUUAACAAGAACUCAGGCAGCAUUCUGGGAGUCCAACUCAAAUCUCAUUUGAAGUCCAAUACUAAAAACGGUCUGGCUUCUUUGAAAAAAACUCGAAAGCACCAAAAAAAUAAUGCUGUACCUGGAAUUUUCGUCAAUUAAUUGCAUUAUGUCUUAUUUUUCACUAUCUCUAAUGAUGCAUCAAUUCGUAUUCAUUUUUUCUAUUUAACAGAUUUUUUCCAUCGAUUGAUAAUAGGGAACUGAUUUUAAUUCCGACCGUAUUUUCAAGAUCAAAAGACGUUGCAUGCUCCUCCCGCAACACUGAUAAAGAGGACAAUCGCCUUUAAGGCUUGGCCGAAAGCAGCUUCAAAAAAUGUGAAAGAGAGAAAAAGUUACAGCUAAGCGGUCAAAAACGGCUCUUCACGUCAUUUGCGACUGGAGUCUGCAAGUUGGAGCAGUGGUCGGCGCCGGAAACUGCGGCAUGUUGGAAUGGAUCUGCCGUUGGGCCUUACCUCCUGCCGCCAGUUCGGAACAACUUUCCGUUGGCAAACCCUGAAUAUCAAGGCUCCGAAUAUCUCACUCUGAGAGGUUUUUUUUUUGAGAGAGAUGCAUAAAAUUUCAUAGAUGAUAAACCUACUUUUUGAUAGUUUUGAAAAAUUUUUCGUGAAGUUCAAAUAAGAGUUACUUUAAUAGUUUGUUUUUCCAAUUUAUUUUUGCAAAAAUGCAGAGGUGGAAAAUUUUCAUAAUCAAUUCAAGGCCCGGUAAUCUUCACCAAAUGGUUGAAGAAGGAUUUUUACUGUGUUUGACGCAUUUCCAAAUAUUUCCAGAAGUGUAGUAUAUAUAUAAAUGGAGUUGGGCGAACAUGCAUUUAAUUUUUUUUUUUUAAUGUUUCAAUUGUUUUAUUCAAUCAAUCAACCUCAAAUAAAAUCUCUAUGGAGUCUUUCUCAUUUUUGAGAGCUCUAGCCUAACUUUAUUUUGCCAUUUUCAGGUGUUUACGUAGAAGAAAGGCUGAAGUUCCAAUGGCUUGUCGCGCGUAUUCAGAACAUUCUCACUUCAAAUCGAAACUUGCGAGCAGAAGCGGAUGACUCAAUCAGUGGUACUGAUGACGAAGAAGAUUAUGUGAGAAAACGUCUUCGUAAUCUUACACCCGGUUGUAUUCUGCAGGAUGAUGACAUCGAAGACGGUUCUGGAGAUGAUAUCGACAUCCAACUGCGGUCUGAUUCUCAAAAACGACAUUGGAAGCUUCCCCGGAUUGAUUAUGCGAAAACCUCGAUUUCUUGCCAAUUUCCCCCAUUUUUCAUUGCCUUGUACACAUUCAUAAUACGGUUUCUCUGAAAAUGCCAGAAAAAAGCAGCAGAGUUGUGAAACGUUUCACAAAGAAAGUCUCAAUAAAAUUUAUUAACGUGAAUAUGAAAAUGAAAAAACCGCUUAUCACUUACCAGAAGUUAUUUAAAAUUCAUCAAGAUUGCAAAUGGAGCAUUUAACUUUAUCGUGAAAGAGGGACUGAAAAGAAGAAUUCGAACUACUUCUUUUUUCGCGUUUUUCCGGUAUUCAGUAAAAUAUCAUCAAGUUUGCGGGAACCAACAGAGAAUAUACAGAAAAAAUUGAUGGUGUAAUCAAAAUUAAAAAAUUUCAUGACACUGACGUAAAAAAGCAAAGCCCCAUGAAAAUAUGGAAGGUAGUUUAUUGGCGUUAUCUGUUUGACUUGAGAGUCAAAAUCUGCCGUGUUCCAUGGUGCGCAGUUGACGCAGCAAAUUUUCUUUUUUGUCAAGAAGACGUUUUUUGGGUUUGUUGACGCUAUGCUGAAAACUUUCUUUUUUAAAUCUCUUCAUAGUUCAGAUAGUGCUUUGUUUUACUUAUUAUCUCAAAAGGUAUUCCAAAUAUUUUCAAGGCUCUUUUAUUUUUGUUGAUUUACUCUAUUCCAUUUCAAAUUUGUUUGAACAGCGACAAAAAAAGAUCUAUUUUUUAGAACUGAUGGAUGAAAAUGAAUUAAUUAGCACGGAGCUCGCAGAAGAAGAUUUUGAGGAAGACUCGACAGUUGACUUCGGAAUUUUUGAAAAAGAAGACUGUGGUUCUGAACAAACUAUCGAAGUUGUUUUUCGAGAGGUUCCCACGAAAGAUUCAGGCUAGUUUCAUUUCAGUGCAAACUUUUCCCAUGCCACACAAAUCGAGCAGCCAAAAAUCAAUACUUUAUCGUCGUUCCAAUGGCUUUCUUUUCCAAAGGGCGUCAUGAGCGCUCUCGGAAAAUUUGAAAAAAAAUUUCAGACGAUAUUUCGAUUAAUUAGUUUUCAGGAUUGUUCGUUGCUCAAGCUCUAUUCAUUACAAUGCUUUUGUUGAUGUUCCUAGUUUCUUGUUUUUAUUUCAUUAUGACACGGUAAUUUUAAACUGCAUUUUUUAUCUAAUAUUUUGUUCCAGGGGGAACACCGUUAAAGUAGUAAAAGCAUCUGAACCUGGUCCUUUUUUUAUAGGAAAAAAGUCCGGUGUAGCAGAUUACUAUAAAGGCCACUUGGGUCCCAUUCAGUGAGUUUUUGUUUCAAGAAGUUUAUUUUUGAUGGCUAAACUUUUAAGUCACAACAGACCGGGUUUAACUAUAACUAUGUAUUACUCACCAAUGAGUUUUGCUUCGAAACAUUUUCGCGAUCAAUAUGGACAAGUUUCUAGACGUUUCUAUCAAACAGAGCAGGUAAUUCUUCCUGAUACCUUUCUCGCUUACUUUAAGUUGUUUUUAGGAGUUGUCGCCCACUUUUCAAGCUGUGAACUGUUUUUAUUCCGACGGGGAAUGUAACAAAAAAUACAGAAUCACUAACUAUCCUGUUUUGGGAGCAAAAAUGAACAACGCUGCAUCUUUUUAUAACGGUCCUCUCAAUUUCAACUACGUUAAACGGUUAAUAACUUGAUUGGCAAACGUGAAACCAUGAAGUAUUUCAGUUGGAUAGAUCGUUUGAAUCAUCAUGUCGUUCGUAUAACGACUUUGGAGCAACUUUGGAAUAUUGAAAGCGACCACGACCUUACUGUCCUGGCCUAUAUCCCUCUUCAAGUGAGUUUUUUCAGAAAAUAUUACGUUCACCUUUGAAAAAAAAUUAUUUUUUUUUUUUUGAAAAACGCAGCUUUUGAUUUCAGCCGGCAAACUCUCAAAAUACUUGGUAUUCGAACUUCACUGAUGCAUCAUUUCAAGUUACUAAUGGCGACCCAAGUAGGCAACCUAUUUGUUUUCCAUUCCAUGUGUUUUUUAGACAAUGAAGCUGUUUUGUUUGCUGUUGUUACAAAUCCUUCACUAGCGUCAGAGCUCGGAUUUUAUACGCCCUACACUAUCAAACUUUUAGAUUAUGGUUUGAAUCUUUGGUUUCUUUAAUAAAAUUGUGUAUUCAGAAAGAGAAGAAAUUGAAGAACUCGAGUUUUUUGAAUGGCGAGCCAACGUUAUUUCUGAAAAAGUUUUAGAUACGCUGGAAAAAAUUAACCAUGUUCAAAUCAUCUUCAAUUGUAAGAAAUACCGCUUCAGGAGUCCUAGAACUAUUUGUUUUCAGCUGAAGCAAACAGUUUAGAAAGCACUUCGCUAGCCUCAGCUUUGAAUAGAUCUUCUACUCUGAUGGUGCUUCAGCCAAAACUUGGUUAUGGUUCUGAAACUCACUUGUUGAUGAGAGAAGUCGAUCUGAUUUACCAUUCUGGUUGGAAAAUUGGUUUUUCAGAUAGCCCGAGAGUAUUGGAAAUGUGAAGAUUCCAGCUUACUUGUGCAAACUAUCAAAAAAGUAUCACUCCUCUUAAAAUUAAUAGUUUCAUUGAGAAGUUUUUUUCCAGCAAAAUUCCGCUGAGAAGCUAAACAAUUCCGUCUUAGGCUACGGGUGCAAGGUGAAUAAUCAUUUUUUUCUGAUAAAAAAAGUUUAAUCAGUUUAAUUCAACGCUGGGAUUCGUUGCAAUGGACACUUUGUUAAACGAGUUCUUCGCAAGUCAAUGGAUGGAAAACGAUAAUGCAAGUUCUCUUAGGUUUUUUCAAACUUCUCAUUUUAGGAAACACUUAUUGUCAUUGUGGAUAGUCGCUUCGAAUUGAUCAAUUCGAUAACCCUGCCGUCAUUAACAAGGUUUAAUAAAUAUCAGCAAAAAAUUGUUUUUUCUCUAGAGAAAAUUUGAAGGCUGUUAUCAGAGAUUUUCACGAAUCCAUUUCUUCCUUUGAAGAAAGAAGGACCGAGGAAGAAUUGAAAGGGCAAGUGGAGAUGGAUACAGAACGAGAAAUUCAAGCUGUUCGACGAUACUCGUCUACUACUGGACAGAAUAAGGUUCAAAAGUUCUUUUGCUUGCUGAUAAGCGCUUUAGGAUACUGUGAUCUUCUUCUCCGGCGGGAAGUGGCAUGCCCCCUCUACUUCUCUGCUCCCCAUUUUUCACGAAGUCAUCCAUUAUUUCAAACAGCAAAGUCAUCUUGUGGAAUUUGUAAUGUGAGUUCACAAAUCAAAAUUUGAAAAAAAAAUGCGUUUCAGAGUGGAUACAAGUGAGAAGAUAAUUCCAUUGAAAUACGACUUUGAAAGAUUACCAGCCGUUCUAGUAAUUCGUGCCAACAAGUUUUCUAUUCGUUCCGCCGUUUUCGAAAAAAAAAGUCUUUUAUAGCAACGCGACAAGCUGGAAGUAUCCGGAUGACAUGCCUUUCACUUAUCCAAACUUAAUUUCUUUCAUUUUAUCACACAGUUCAUACGACUUGAAAGUUUCUACGUCUUUCCAGUACUGUGGCUCGGAAUGCAGAAACAGGUUAGUAGGAAAAUAAUUCGGAGUGCGCUUUUAAUAAUAGUUUACUCCUAAAAAAAUUUAAUCAAACUGUGAAAUGAAUAAAGUUAUCGUUUUUAUUGUAAAUCGAAGUGAACACAUACAAAUACAAAAAAAAACGAGAAAAACGUAAUCAAAAAAAGAUGAUAUGAAAUUAAUAAUUGUAUUAAACUUUAGAAACCUUUUCCGCUUGAGGGGAGAAAAGAAACGUCUGAAACGUGGGGUCCGCAGAGCCGAUUUUUCUCAUCAAAAAAGGUGCGUUUUUCUGUUUUCAACUGUGAAAAAAUUUGCCUUAUAGUCUUCGAAACGAGUUGAGAGAGAUUUUUCGACUUGUGAAAGCGCUCAUGAUGUCCCGAUCAUUACUGUAA